AAGCUUUUAUAGAAACCUCAAUCUUCCUUUAGGAAUUUGAUAGGGCUGCACCUUUUUGAAAAGGUCAAACGAAGGAAAACAUGCCCUUUGGUCCGCCACCGGCCACCCUUUCCCUUUAAGAAGAAACCGAUGUCUGAAUCCUCACUUUCCUCUGACUUACUAAAUUUUCAAUCUUUAACUAUCUCUAACUGACCGACAUUUCCCCGAAGCGGAAGCGGUGAUUUUCCGGCGAAUGGACUUUUUGCCGAAGAUUUGGCCGGAAUCCUUCCCUUCUCAGCUCCACCUGCUGGAUUUCUCCUCAUUUUGUGAUUGUUUGGUUAAGGAGCUGGUCUAGCCUUGCGCAAGGGCUGGAAUAGAGGAGGGAAAACGCAGAUGCGUAAUGAACGGUCAGAUGAGAAUGGUGGCACUUGUGGGAAUGUUGCGGAUCUGGCACGUGUGGAGCUGGAGAGAGUUCAGGUCACUUCUGGUGUAGAGGUCUCAGUUUCAGAGGCCUCAACACCUGCAGCAGUUAAUAUUUUGAUAUCAGGUGGAGGAGAUUCUCAUAAUAACCAGUUGGAAACUAUUGCUAUUGUGAAGUUGGACAUUUGUAAGGAUGAAAAGGAUGAGAAAUCACCAAAAAAGGUCGCCCACUCGAGAAGCCAGAGCUAUGGUGAGCAGUGCAGGGUGUGUCAGCAGCCAUCAGAUGAAGCCCUGAUGGAACUGGGUUGCCGAUGCCGAGGUGAACUCGCAAAGGCUCAUAAAUCCUGCAUAGAGUUAUGGUUUCGUACUAGAGGUUCCAACAGAUGCGAGAUAUGCCAGCAGGUUGCGGUAAAUGUUCCCCCUCCAGAUUCGCAACCCACGGACAUCCACCGGAACAUGGUUGUUGCAUGGUAUUUACUUUCCAUUUUCUCAGAUUUCUCAUUGAUAUUUGCCUUAGUUUUAUGUUUGUGUAACAGCCCAAUUAUUGGGUUUGGAGGAUUGAUCCACGUGGAGGACCAGAUUCUGGACAGAGAGGCCGUCAAAGGGGAUGCUUCAAUCCACUUUGGAUUGCAUUCUCAAUUCUCAUCGGAGGACUUCUACUUGAUGUGCUGAUAUCCAUCUCCCUUGGUAUCUCUGCUCUGCCAGUGAACAUAAUAAUUGGUGUUUUGGUUGUGCUUGGACUUGGAACUGCGCUUCGUCUUGCACUGGAAUGCUGCCAUGAAUGGAGCAUACGGAGGUCCAUAGAAAGGGCAGAAUCAAAUUUAAAUGUAAAUCCUGUUUACCCUCCUGUGGUGUAGUUUGUAUAUAUAAGUCUGAGGCAAAAUGGAAUAUUUAUUUGUUUUUUCAUUUGUUUUUCUCUGUAAAGGAAGAAACGUUCACGUAAUUUGUUGUAAUAUGUAAUUCUGUCAGAUUAAGAAAGCAAUCAAAUGUAUUUUAUGUU